CUCCAAUCACUGGGAUAGAAUACUGUAUCUACUCCAACUCAACAACAAGCAUCAUGAAGUUCAGCACCGCAAUCAGCGCUGCAACUUACAUCUUCUUCGUCACCGCCCGAGUAAUCAAACCAUCCUCAACAUCCCCCAACCCCGAAACCAACGACUUCCAACUCAUCACCGCAUUCUGGGACGACGACUACGCCUCACCCAGCGAAUGGAUCACCUACACAACCAAAGGCGGCGCACUCAUGUGCGGCCUGACCGGCUCCGACGAAACCGCCGGCUCUCUCCUCCAAGACACGCGCAACCCCCCCUCAGCAGCCAGCCCCUUCACCAACGAUCUCAAAUCUGAGCUCUUAACCUGGCACUGGCGCAGCGUCAACCCUUCCUCCUUCAGCUGCAGCUUCUCUACCCACUGGAACUUCCCGCACGCCAUGCGCUCGCUAGGUCUCAGCGGCACAUCUGCCACCCAGGGCGGCGACAACCACUGUUAUAGGAUUGAACAUUGGGACCCAGAUAUGCGGGAUGAGCGUGGGAAUCAGGUGCCUGCGAUAAAUCAGUGGUAUAGUGUUCCUGGUAUGGGGAGGCAGUAUCGUGCCACGAAAUCUCACUACGAAUUCGCCAUUAAUCCCCGCGGCGGCGCCCUAUUCGGCCUCUUCCUCGAAAGCCCCCAGGCAUCCGCCCGCACCCUCUGGUACGCGGGCAAGCGCUCCCCAAACCGCGAGGACCUGCCUGCUAUCCGCGCUUUUUCCGAUAUCCUCUGGGGAUACUGGGUGUGCGACAACCCGCGAGUGGAGAAUGUGCGGUUUUUCUUCAUGAUAGGGAUUUCGAACGAUGUUACGAAUAGACUUAUUGCGAGUGCGUUACGGGAUGUAGGGAAUACGUUGGGGGAGUGGCCGGGGACAGAAUUUGGGAUGGAGACGGUGCAGGGACGGGCGUUGCUAGGAUCACCGAAUGGAGCCGCCUUUGCGUAUUUUCUCAUGCAGCAUAAGGCGCAGUUGGGGCAAAAGGUAAUUACAAAGGUUACUGUUUUCCGGCCGGAGAACGAUGACGAUGUGGAUUUUGUGGAUGCGUCAUUAUGCUUUCAUGUUGCUGAUGGGGAACAGGCGGCUGGAGAGGAGACGGGGGAACGCAUUGUCCGUAGGAAUGUAGUGGACGAUGGGACAGCUAUGAGUCUGACUAGGGUGCAUGAAAUUCAUGCUUAGGGGAAGGUAGGGC